AUGCGGCCGCAGCUCUUUCGUGCGGCCGCCCGGUCGCUCCGGGUGCCCAGGACCCGUGCCUUUGCGACAACAGCCCCUCGGGCAGCCGAGGUGGAACUGACUGUUGAUGGCAAGAAGGUAUCCGUGGAAGCCGGCUCUGCUCUCAUCCAAGCUUGCGAGAAGGCAGGCUCUACAGUCCCCAGAUACUGCUAUCACGAAAAAUUGGCGGUUGCAGGAAACUGUCGUAUGUGUCUCGUCGAAGUUGAGCGAGCCCCCAAGCCGGUGGCAUCGUGUGCAUGGCCCGUCCAGCCUGGUAUGGUCGUCAAGACUAACUCACCCCUGGUCCACAAGGCCCGUGAGGGUGUGAUGGAGUUCCUCCUCGCCAACCACCCUCUUGAUUGCCCUAUCUGUGACCAGGGUGGUGAAUGUGAUCUUCAGGACCAGUCCAUGCGUUAUGGUUCCGAUAAAGGCCGUUUCCACGAAGUCGGCGGCAAGCGUGCAGUGGAGGACAAGAAUAUCGGCCCUCUCGUGAAGACCUCCAUGAACCGCUGCAUUCAGUGCACUCGCUGUGUUCGAUUCAUGAACGACGUGGCAGGUGCACCCGAGCUGGGAUCCUCCGGCCGUGGUAAUGACAUGCAGAUCGGAACAUACCUAGAGCAGAAUCUCAGCUCUGAGUUGUCCGGUAACAUCAUUGAUCUCUGCCCUGUCGGUGCCUUGACAUCUAAGCCCUAUGCUUUCCGUGCCCGACCAUGGGAGCUGAAGCACACCGAGUCUAUCGACGUUCUUGAUGCCCUCGGCUCUAACAUCCGGAUCGACAGCCGUGGCCUGGAAGUGAUGCGUAUUAACCCACGCCUGAACGAUGACGUUAACGAGGAGUGGAUUAAUGACAAGGCGCGUUUCGCUUGUGAUGGAUUGAAGACCCAGCGACUUACUACUCCUCUUAUUCGGCGGGAGGGUAAGUUUGCUCCCGCCACUUGGGAGCAGGCCCUGGCUGAGGUAUCCUCGGCCGCCGAGAAACUCCAGCUGAAGUCGAAUGAAUUCAAGGCUGUUGCUGGACAUUUGGUGGACACCGAGUCGCUCGUUGCCAUGAAGGAUUUGGCUAACAAGCUGGGUUCUGACAACCUCGCCCUGGACCAGCCUGGUGGCAGUGCGCCUAUUGCCCACGGCAUAGAUGUUCGUUCCAGCUAUCUGUUCAACUCUACAAUCUACGGUGUUGAACAGGCCGAUGCUAUUCUGCUGGUUGCUACUAACCCUCGUAACGAGGCCUCCGUCCUGAACGCCCGUAUUCGUAAGCAGUACCUUCGCUCGGAUUUGGAGAUCGGCCUUGUUGGCGAAGAGUUCGAGAGCACUUUCGAAUAUGAGCAUCUGGGUGCUGAUGCCUCUUCCUUGAAGGCUGUUUUGGCCGGUGAAUUCGGGAAGAAACUGGCUGCUGCUAAGCGUCCUAUGAUUGUCGUCGGUAGCGCAGCUGCUGAGCACGCCGAUUCCAAGGCCAUCUUCGAGAUUGUUGGUUCCUUCGUUGAGAAGCACACUGGCAACUUCAACACUCCCGAAUGGCAAGGCUACAACGUCCUGCAACGUGCCGCAUCUCGGGCUGGUGCCUAUGAAGUGGGCUUCACUGCCCCGUCCGCCGAGGUUGCUCAGACUGCCCCUAAGAUGGUCUGGCUCAUCGGUGCCGAUGAGAUCGCCGAGAGCGAGAUCCCCAAGGAUGCCUUUGUUGUCUACCAGGGCCACCACGGUGACCGUGCUGCCCAGUUCGCAGAUGUUGUUCUUCCCGGUGCUGCAUACACCGAGAAGGCCGGUACUUAUAUCAACACUGAGGGUCGUGUACAGGUUACCCGUGCGGCAACAUCGUUGCCUGGUGCCGCUCGUGAUGACUGGAAGAUCAUCCGUGCCGCUAGCGAGUUCUUUGGCGUCCCCCUCCCAUACGAUGACAUUGAGGCCCUGCGCGACCGAAUGGAAGAGAUCAGCCCUGUACUGCGCCGUUACGACGCCGUUGAGCCCACAUCCGUUGGCGCUCUGAGCAAAGUGCAGCUAGUCGACCAGAACAAGGGUGCUAUCACCACUGGUGCUCCCUUCAAGCAACCUAUCGAAGACUUCUACUUCACUGACUCUAUCUCCCGAAGCUCACCCACCAUGGCCCGCUGCUCCAUUGCCAAGAAGACUGGAAACCCAGAAACUAACUUUAUGGCCGCUGGCGAGAUGUCCCCUCAGGCUCUGCACGGUUAA